AUGGAUGCAGAGGCAUUGCUGAGAAACGAAGAAAAUAAGAGUUUUUUGAUGAAGAGACUUGAGGAUCUAAUAGAGAAGCAUGGCUUUGACAGGAGGAUAGAUGAAUUUGUGGAGAAUCUUGUGGGAGCCAAGAUGGCCGACGUCAUAGAUAUCAACAAAGUUUUUGACAAGUUAUAUGAUUUCGUGAUUAUGAAUCUACCUCCAGAGAUUCAGGAAACAUUCUAUCAUGACGUAAGAAGCUUUAUAGAAAGAAGCGUUGUAACAGAGGAUCAAUAA